UCCAUGUGUGAUCCAUGUGAAAUGUGAAUUGUGCGCUCACUGCUAAAAGCGUGUGAAAAAAGAACAUUGGCAAUUGGCAUUUGGCAAAAUUGUGGCAACGCAGCUCAAAUAGUAACUAUUUAAAAGAAAGCAGCUGCAGCACUGCCUUUCAUAAAAUAAAAUUGAAUUGAAUUGAAAUUGUUUAAAUUUAAAAACAAACAGAAACAGGGAAGCUGGAAAGAAUAUCUUUGCAUUUUAUAACCUUAUUGAAUCAAAUAAUUUACAGUUUAAAGUAAUACAUAAUAAAAAUGAUUAAUAGUAUAUAACAUAAUAAAAAUGGAUUUGUCCAUAUUUAAUAAUAUUGAAAUCUCAGAUCCCACAUGCAAGGAUCAGAUUUCAAUACUUUUGGAAGACUUACGAAUAGAAGAGGAAGAUUUUAUUGAGAAACUUGUAGAGAAACAAGAUUCCAUGAUUAUAACUUGGGAGCAGCCAUGGUAUCAGAAAACUGGAUGGUUAACAAGAAGGCUAAAACAAUCAAGUGAUGAUGAGAAAUUUUGUGAAGAUAAAAUGAGUAAAGCUGAGUGUGAUCGAAUACACAAAAAUUGGAAAAAGUUUGUAAAGCAAUUCAACCUGCCAAAUAAACCAAUGUGUCUGGCAAGAUGGCGCAAUAAAGAUAAAAACAAAAGAGGACAGGAAGAGAAAGUAAGGCGUUUUGUCAUUUCAUACUUAGCACAAAAACUUGAAAGAAAUCUCUAUCAGGUCUUCCACUACUUUGUGGCAAAAUAUGCUAGUCCCAACAGAGGCAAAUAUACUGAGCUUGAAUUAAAAAUUAUUAAAAUGUGUAUUUAUCAUUUUCCAAAAAAUGGCAUUCAAUAUGCCUCCCGAAUACUUUGUAGAGAACCUAGAGGUAUAUAUAAAAGGCUAGCCGAAGACUGUGAAGAGCAUUUAUUGCACAGAAACAAAGAGAAAUGGUCUUUGCCAUUGGCAACAAAAUUUUUGAAACACCUUAUGGAUUACUCUGGUUAUUCACUGGAAGAGUUAAAAUAUAAAAGAUUUGAUACAUCAAUUUGGAAGAAGCUUGAAAAGGACAUGGACAAGUAUUAUCUGACGUUACAAAAAUUUUGGUACUACUACCUGCAUGUACAACUGUUUGUUAAACAAGAUGUAAAAAUAAGAAAGCUGAGGAAGAAGAUACUACUAUUGUUGAGGAAAUAUCCAUAUCAAGUUUGGACAGACAUUCGAUGGAAAGAAAUACAGAAACAUUUCCCUGAUGGAAUGACAAAUAACUUUUUAUAUGAUACUACAACUAGGGCCAUUAGCAAAUAUGAAAAUUAUUUAACCAGCCCAAUUGAAAAUAUUAUAGAAUAUGGUCUAGUGAGGAUAAAGCAAGAUAGUAACAAGAGAUUGAGGACUGUAAUUUUAAACAGUGAAGGCAUGUUAGAAGUCAUUAAUUAUAAAAAAAGUAAUAACAAUUUUACUUCUCAAAAUGAGAAUUAACUUGGUGCUGUUUGCCUAUUAAUUGAUUUAUAAUAACUUUUAUUGAAUAAAAAAGCUUUUAGCUGCAACUUUUUAAA